GCCUGUCACAGUCCAUGUCACACUUGUCCUCCAAUGUCCACACACCCGUUGGAUGCAGUGAACUCUCUUCGUUCUCUACUCAAUAACGUCCUUCGAAUCUCUGUCCUUGACGGACGCAUCUUUCUAGGAUCUUUUCUGGGUACCGAUCAAGCUCUCAACCUGCUUAUAGCCGAUACAGAGGAAUUCCGCAUCCUGAACGCUCACUCGAAGGAUCCCGACAUCUCUAAUUGGGACGGCCGGAUACGCGAUGGGAUGUUUCUCGAGAAUCCCAAGGGUAGAUAUGUGGGGCAGGUUCUGAUUCCAUGGAAGCAGGUUGUUAAGGUUGAAUCGCACAGACAUGAAGAUUCACGGAGAUUAUAUUUAUGAACCCAAUUAUGUGUGUAUUGCAGCGUGCCUGUCCCAGCUGAAACGGGCGAUGAGAGGCAUAGGGUAGGUAAGUAGGUUCUACUCGACUUCGCACACGUAUCGUUGUAUCGUCGAUAAUAGCAACAUUUAUCCCCAGGCACCGAUUAGCAGUACCGUUCGACCGCCGUCCAAUGCUUGUGGUCUUUAAAAUCAUUAUUUCUUCCAUUGAAAGCAUUUUGUCGAUACCACGCAGAGCAGCUCCAAAGCGUUGCUCCGAAACAGCGGCAAUUCAUGAGCACUCCAGUGUCGCCCA